AGCAGAGAACCCCCAUUCGGACGCCAUGAAAAUCAAAGCCCUCUCUCGUCCUACGUCCUCGCAGCAGGCGCCGGGAACUGCUGUCGUUCGACAGCCCCGAAACCUCGACCCGGCACAGCAUCCGUUCGAGCGGGCUCGCGAGUACACGCGCGCGCUCAAUGCGACCAAGAUGCAGCGGCUGUUCGCCGCGCCCUUCUUGGGCCAGAUGGGCGACGGCCAUGUGGACGGUGUGUACACCAUGGCCAAAGACCCGGGGUCUCUGCAACGGUUCGCCAGUGGCAGUGGUGACGGUGUGGUCAAGGUGUGGGAUUUGACGACGCAGGGCGAGGUGUGGAACACCCAGGCGCAUGACAACAUCGUCAAGGGAGUCUGCUGGACGCCCGACCGGAAGCUGCUCUCUUGUGCGAGCGACAAGACCAUCAAGCUGUUCGAUCCGUACAACUCGGAGCCGGAAGCGCCGCCGCUCGCGACCUACCUGGGCGGCGGGGCGUUCACCUCCCUUACGCACCAUCGGGACCUCCCCUACUUUGCUGCGUCGUCUUCUCAGAUCUCGAUCUACGAUCUUUCCCGUCCGUCUUCUACGCCGUCCCAGGUUCUCCACUGGCCCACCAGCGUCGAUACGAUCACCUCCGUGGCCUUCAACCAGACCGAAACGUCUGUUCUUGGCUCCACCGGCAUUGAUCGCUCGAUCAUCAUGUACGAUCUCCGGACGUCGUCGCCGCUCCACAAGAUGACCCUCCGCCUGGCGUCGAACGCGAUCUCAUGGAACCCGAUGGAGGCGUUCAACUUUGCCGUUGCCAACGAAGACCACAACGUCUACCUGUUCGAUAUGAGAAAGAUGGACCGCGCGCUCAACGUGCUCAAGGAUCACGUCGCGGCCGUGAUGGACGUGGACUUCAGCCCGACCGGUGAGGAGCUGGUCACUGCCUCCUAUGACCGGACGAUCCGCCUGUGGAACCGCGCGACUGGCCAUUCCCGCGAUAUCUACCACACCCAGAGAAUGCAGCGUGUCUUCUCCGCCAAAUUCACCCCCGACAGCAAGUAUGUCCUGUCUGGUUCCGACGACGGUAACAUCCGACUCUGGCGCUCGAACGCCUCUGAUCGCAGCGGGGUCAAGAGCGCUCGCCAGAGGGCCAAGCUCGAAUACGACGAGGCUCUGAUCAACAGAUACUCGCACAUGCCGGAAAUCCGCCGCAUCAGACGCCAGCGUCACGUGCCGAAGCCGAUCAAGAAGGCUCGCGAGAUCAAGCGCGAGGAGCUGAUGGCUCUCAAGAGACGCGAGGAGAACGUGCGGAAGCACACCAAGAAGGAGAACCUGCCCAAGAGACGGAGCGAGCGCGAGAAGAUGAUUCUGGCCAAGGAGCAAUAGAAGCCCUGGUGGAAGAACGCCUUUCUCCCGGGAUUGGGUGGGGGUUGCCUUCCGGGGAAUGCGCUCAGCAGCUGCGUACAUUGUGUGUCUCGGCUAU